GUAUCGUGACCAUGAUCGGGACCCUGUACUACCUGGGCGCGACUUUCGGUCUGUGGUGGUUGACCUGUCACUACCUGAUGCCGUUCGUGUUCCUCAACGGGUGGCUGGUGGUGGUGGCCUACCUGAACCACACGCACCCGGCCCUCCCGCGCUACGCCUCCCAGGAGUGGGACUGGCUCCGCGGCGCCCUCUCCACCGUCGACCGCGACUACUGGGUCUUCAACCACCUCCUCCACCACAUCACCGACACACACGUCAUGCACCACCUCCUCCCCACCAUCCCCCACUACCACGCCGUCGAGGCUUCCGAGGCCAUCAAACCUAUUCUGG